CGUAGACGUUUCGUCGCUUGUCCGUCUCACUUGUCGUGUCGUAUCAUUAAUAAAACUAAACUCUACUCCCUUUCCCUAUAGUUGUUAUAUAUACUCUAUACCAGAGAGUGUCCUGCAGUGCGCGCGCGGCAACGAUAAACUGUGUAUCCGUUUAAUUAAAUAAUAAUAAUAAUCUGCUAUCAAUUUAAAUAUAUUUAUAAGUGUAGGAGGGAACCGAUCAGCUUGUGGAUUAAGUAAAUAAAUGAAUAAUAAUAAUAACGGUUAUUAUUAUUAUUGAUAUUUGAGAAUAAAGUCUGGUGUCCUCGUGAAUGGUGGGUGUCUUGAGUCUGUACAAUAGUAGGCUGUCAAUAAAGUAUAAUUUGGGCAGGUUUAUGUUUGUUUAAGUUGAAUAAAGUGCAGUGAAGUGAAAAAGAGUUUUUUUUCAAAUAUUUAAAUAUUGAGAGAGGAGAUAGAGAAGAGUUAUACGUUAAGUAUUAGCACGUAGAGCACACCUGUGUGCUCCUCCGCCUCCCCCAAGUGGGAAUAAUCGUGUGGUGAAAAGUAGGUUACCCCCAGUGCGUGUCCUUGACGAGUGCCCGAUACACACGGUAUUAAAACCGCGCUGCUCUGGUACUCGCAUCGGACGGCCCAGUUUUAACAACCGACGCGCACUUUUACGUAACUACGUGGCUCCACGCCGUUAUAACAUUUUUUAAGUUAACUACAGCUACAGUCACAAGUUUUCACUCAGCUCUUAAAUCUACUCUUCUCUUUUCAAAAUUUAAAUCAACAUCUUGUCUGGUUAUUACACUCGUGCUCCGUUUUAUUGUUGUUUACUUUAAUUUUUAAAUUUACUCGUACACAGAGCGGUGAAAAAGUUUAUCAGUUUUCGCUGGAACUAAAUUUAAAAGUUUCAGCUCUCGUCUACCGGCGGAAUAUUUAACUCAGAUAUUUCGUCCUCUCAAUAACUUGGAACGAGUAAUUUUAUUUAUCAUGUGAUUUUAAGUGACGGUGAAAGGUGCUAGUGUGUAUUAAUUAUUUUAAAAUUCAUCGUAAGGAUAUCAGUGAAAGCGAGGAGGAAUAAAUAUAAAUAUAUGUAUAUAUAUAUAUUUAUAUAUGUGUUGUGAUUAAAACAAUUUUAAUGAGAUUAGUGUCCCGUAGUAACUGAGCUGAACGACUGACAACGAAGUUCCACGACUAAUAUUCCCCGUAUCUUUAUCACUCAUAUGUAUAUUUAUUAGUGUGUGCAAAGUUGAUCCUCAACUUGUGUACUCUUUAUCAUUAGCUACUUGUACAACAGCUUCUGGUGCUCUCUGUUGCCUUGUGUUUCUCUCACAUCCUCAUCUUUCUCAUAUAAAUAUCUAUAUUUAUAUUUAUAUGUAACACGCAUUCUAAAACGUCAUAAGUGUACACGUAGUAUGGAUGUAGCAAUAAUAAUAAUAAAAAUGUAUUUGUAUUUGUAUAUAUAUUUAUGUGACAGUGUUAUUUGUCAGUGAUUCAACGAGCAAGUGAUAAUAAAGUGUACCCGUGCCAAUCUGCCCCUGUGGAUUUAUUAUUGGAUAUAUUAACACAUCACCGACUUGACGAAACGGAAGAGUGCCGUUUACUUGCUCUAACUAUCCUCGAGUAUCAUUUAUGUAAGUUCAAGAGAACUCGGUCAUCUAAAAGAAGAGAUGAGAGACUACUCAACUCCCUGGCGUCUUCUUAGCAUUUGAUUCUUCAAGUUUGACCGACUUUGGUGGGCACGUGGGACAGAAUGCAGAGACGUAGCCGAAGUAGUUCGGAAGUGGAGGUUGCGCAAAUGCGCCCCAUAAGUACGGCUGGCUAAUAGACACUGGCACAGCCCAAGCCCGCCCCCGACACCCCGCAGCCAGACACCAGAUCCGUGAGUCGGCGUGACAUGGAUGUGAGUUUCACGAACGUGUUAGAGGGGGCUCGCCAGUACUUUCAGGGACUGCCCGCGCCAAGUACAACAACAGUACCACCGCCAUCCUCAUCGUCGUCAUCGUUGUCGUCAUCAUCGGGUCAAAAUAACGAGAGUAAUGGCUAUACGAGCCAACAGAAUUCUAAAACGACCUCGAGUGAUUCAAGGUACGACGAGAAUAAAUCAACAAUUGGGACGGAUAAUAGGGACACUGAUUCGUACUGGAGUUCAUCAGCAAAUCCAAAUGAGUUACGGUCAAUUGUCGAGCCGUAUCCACCUCAACCGACGCGUGUUGAGGUACCAGACACGAGGCCCGACGACGGGGGACCCGAGCGCACAGCCAGUCCCAAUACAAGUUUAACGGAAAUGCAACCACCAAGUAGGCCUCAAUCGCAAAAUAUUAUUGCCGCAAGUCCGUCCCCUCAAUUACACCAACUUGAGCCAGCACUUAAACCACCACAUUCACCGCCCGUCUAUCAGCAGCUCAAUACUGUACCGAGAUCCUCCUCGUAUCGGGCCUCUGAGAUGUUUAAUUCACACUCUAAUUAUCAUCACAAUCACAAUCAUCAUCACCAGUCACCUACUACUACUGGUGGUGAACGUCCGCCUUCCGCUCCGAUAGCUGCUGUCGCCGCCGCAGCAGCAGUAGCACAACGGACACAAUAUUAUCCACGCUAUCAUCAUCCGGAUAUUACUAAAAGUGCUCCAGCCCCUUUCUCGCAGAGCAGUAUUUAUCAAUCGCCACAAACGGCUACUUCUACGCCUUCAGUGGCUCCAAUUCAACAGCAACAACAACCACCACAGCAACAACAACAACAACAACAACAACAACAACAACAACAACAACAACAUCAACGACCAUCGCAAAGUAAUGUAGAUACGGAUCAUCAUAGACUUCAAGAUCAACAACAGCAUCAAGCGUCUAAUUAUUCAUCGUAUCAAGAAACAAACAAUCGCGACCAGUCAAACCGUCCAGGACUGCCACAAAAUUCUUACAACCAGCCGUCAUCAUUACAUCAUCCAUUGGAUGGUACGCAUUCCGUUAUAGCGGCCUCUUCAAAUCCUUGCAGUCCACGAAACGGCAGUCAAAGUCACAUUCCUUCCUCACACAAUCAUCCGGGGCACAUACCGUCUCCGCAUUUGCCAGUGGCUUCGGUUCCACCGCCUCCGUCUCUGUCCUCCGCACACGCCGCACCUCAUCAUCAUCAACACCAACACCAACAACACCUGCAAAACCAACAUCCUAGUCGAAUAAGCACGUCAUCCCAUAUCACGUCUAACUCCUAUCCCCGAGUGACAAAUCCCUAUCCGUCUACUCAUCCUCCUUCGCCUCACAAUUCAAUGGUAAAUCAACAACAAAUGCUACCACCCUCCUCAUCAUCCACAUCAUCAUCGUCGUCGUCGUCGUCAUCAACAACAUCGAGUUAUCAUACAGCAACGACGGCUUCACCUCACGAAUCGAAUCAUCAUGCCAGUCCAUCACCACAGCGACAAUCACCGCACGUUACAGUUGUGCACAACCCACACAACGCCAUUUCCCCUCACCAUACAACUCCCUCUCCUCAUCACCACACUCCCUCACCCCAUCAUCAUACUCCCUCUCCUCACCAUCAUAAUACCACACCCUCGCCCCACAAUACCGGCAACUUUCAGCCUCAUUCGCCAACCUAUCCACCCCCGCCGCUACCAACACGCUCACCAGCUCAUCCGUACGGACUUACAGCCGUGUCGCAGCAACAUCAUCGACCGCCUUCAGCCAAUUAUCCUGCCAGCGCUUAUUCGCCGCAUCAGCAGCAACAGCAGCAGCAACAUCAGUCUUCGUAUCAUUCCUAUCAGAAGAAUUCACAUAGCGGCGUUUAUUCUCAAUCAACAUCGCGAUCACAGCACCAACAGCAACAUCACCACCAGCAGCAGCAACAACAACAACAGUAUGCUCAACAAUCGUUGAAUCAACCUCCACCACCUCUUCUACCACCAGCAUCGACGAGCUCUACUGGCAAUCAUGUAAAUGGCGUUUCGCCUUAUCUAACAUCACCCAAUAAAUCAACUGGUAUUUACAAUGGUGGUACUAUUGAUCCAAAACGAAAUAUUACGAUUCCAGCUAAUCAAAUUACAUCUUAUAAUAAUAAUAAUAAUAGUAAUAAUAGUAAUUCAUACCGUAUGCCGGCAGUGGUUCAGCGAAAUACCAACACGCACAAUUUACCCAUUGCUGCGGUAUCGUCUUACCACUCAAAUAGAAACUCGAGAGAAGCUAUUGGUAAAGCUCAAACUAUUUCACGACAACGUGCAUCCAUGAUUGUACCGAGUAGUAGUAGUAGUAUUAAUAAUAAUAAUAAUAAAAAUACCAUUAGUAGCGGCAGUGGAAACAGUUCAGUAUCACAGUCAACGGCACAUUCUCCCAGAGGAGUACCUACGUCAGACUAUCAAUUAAACUCGUCAUCAAGUGUCAUUCAUUCGGCUACUACCACAAGCUCCAAUUAUAAUAAUAAUAAUAAUAGUAAUAUAAAUACGUCAUACAGUGGAUCGAAUUACAGGAAUUACGCGACAACUGUAGCACCGAGUCACCAUGGGAAUUCUAGUACAACAGUUACAUCAAUUGGUGUGCCAGAUCGUUCUUCAGCGCCGUCCGCCGUUACAACAGUACACGCACGCCCGUCUUCCGAUCCACUAUCAAGAACCACUGGUGCUUACCAUCAUCCACCAUCGUCUUCAUCGUCAGCAUCAGCCUCAUCAUCAGUUUCUAAUACGACUGAUAAUUAUCCUUACAAAGAAUAUUCCUAUGGAAAUUCAUUGCCACCUACAAGUAGCCAAUCAGCAGUGAGUGGGAUAAGAUCAACACCACCACCAAGCUCGCUUCAAGUAAACGGAUUACCUCUACGGAAACGAGAAUCACCACUCGACUUAUCUGUCAAGACUAUAAAAACAUCAGCGGACUCGACUGCCCGCGAUGAUUUGGAUAAUGGCUCCGCAGACAAGCAAGUUAGCAGUUCAAGUAGCAGCAGUAAUUCGAGAACCACUGUUGGUAGAAAUAACAUGCUCCCACCACCAGUACAACCAGCCCGAGUAACUCCUUACGUUACGUAUGACUCGAGAAGAAACCCCGUUGCUUCAAGCUUACGGCCGUCGACCCCACAAAUGCCUGUUUGUGCGCCGAAAGUCGACUUUCUUCCCAACUUUAACUCGACGCCGCUGCAACGUCAUCAUCAUCAUCAUCAUCAUCAGCCACUACCGCUACCAUCUCAACAGCUAAGUCAACAACAGUCCAAUCACAUGAUGGAAAGUCCAAUGCGUCGCAGCUCAUCUCAACAGCAUCUAUACGUACCGCAGCCAUCUCAGCAUUCAAAUUCUAUGCCCUUACCUCACAUGUCUACUUUCAAAAAGACUUCACUGCCUACCGGUACUCCAUUGUUUGACAACAAAGGACCCUUAACAUCAUCUUAUUCAGCGAUUAACAGCGACUCAUCAAAUAGUUCACGCUCGUCAUUCAGUAGAUACACCGCAACAGCCGAUCCAGCCAGACCACCGGCAUUGCCGGUUCAUGAUUACUCACCGUCCGAUAAUAAGUAUUAUAUGGAUAGUAGAAGUAAACAGCAACAACAUCCUCACCAACCUUCUUAUCAUCAUCCACAUCCACAUCCACACUCACAUCCUCAUUCUCAUCCCCACGGGCCUCCUCCUCAUCAUCAUUAUCCGUCGAGUGUACCGUCGGCGACACGUGAUCGAGUUGCUGCAAAACGUCCCGGCGAAUCGAUGUCGAUGGGUGGCAGUGAAACUGGCGCAACCGAGGCCAAACAGCCGCGUCCGGAAAAUUGGAAAAUGAUUAUUGACAAAGAGUUGCAACAAAAGUUGGAGAAAGCACGUAUACUGCACGAGCAGCAGAAAAGACUUGAUGCGACCUUGCCGCGAGCGAUGCCAAAUGGAACACUGGUGGCGCCGUCUUCUUUUAACCAAAGGGACAAUCCUGUUUGUCCGGCACCACCAAAGAAACACACGGGUUUCUGUGAUAAACGGACUUACACUGAGUCCACUAAACUCCCAAGAGAUUCAAAUCCUAUACCCUACAGCAGUAAUAGUAACAACAAUAACAACAGUACAAUGUCUCCUCAUCCGGGUGAAAAGUCGUCUCAUAUGAGCGCGGCUCAGUCCUCGGGGCAACCGACAGCUAGUCAAACGGCUUAUCCUUCUACUGGUUAUCCGCGCCAGGGUCUGAAAUCACCUUACCUCAAUCUAUCACCACAAUCGCUGGAUCAACCUACUAGUAAUACCGGCGCAGACAAACGGGUACUCAGCUUAUUGAGAAAUAGCCUUGAGAAUAAACAACAGCGAGAGGAACAGCUCAAUAACAGUCAGCAGCCUAUCCUGGUUAAUCAUAGCCAACAAAGUUUUCAAAACAAGGUUGUGGCACCGGUUGAACCCAAAACAAACAUAGGCAGACAUAAUCUAUCGCCGUUUACAGCGGCAAGUUUACUCGAGCGUAAUAGCAAUACACCGCCGCAUUAUAAGUUCCAUGUGCCAAGGGCAGUAGACUCAAUCACUCAAGAAACUCCCCGCAGCUUGUACGCUUCGAGAGUUAAUUCAUCGGCUACUUUACCCGCGGGUAAAGAGGCACUUUUGGGUCCCAGAGAACUUGAAAAUCAAAUUCACCGUGAUAAGGACGAUAGCCUUGCAGCUAUACUUGCUGCUAAAAUUCGCACCAAAGCUGAAUUAAAGCAGGUUGGAACUGGUCAGUUUGCAUCAAAACCGGUGUUACUAUCUCAAGAUACAACACCUAAUGAUUACGAACGUGUGGCAUCGACAUCAACGCCUCAAUCGGUUGCAUCGUCAGCAGGUAGUCCGCCAAAAUUAACGUGUGAAAAAACGGCAUGUUUACCAUCACGACGUCGUCUUUUUUCGCGAUCAGACGACGAUAAUAUGCCCGUAGCUGCAACAAUACCCGCAGCACAAGCCGCCGCGACACCAGCACCAAUUAAAGCAACAGCAUCCGCGGCAACGGUCGCAUCACGUGCCAGUGGGUUCCGUAGCUCGAGUGAAACUUCGGUAUUUGAUUUUCGAGAAAGCGAUUCGGAAGGUGAAAUGCCGGUACUUGAGCGUCAAACACUCGAGGAAAUGCGUCGCGAUCGUAAGCAAUUGUCUAAAGUACAGCCUCCGGUUUCACUUGACGAUGCGAUGUGUAUUGGCAUGACCUCAUCUGACGAUCUUGUUAAAAUAGAGUUAAAGGAAAACGAUAAUGUAAGUGAGAUGGAUCCAUUUUGGUCAGCAACCUGUGAUAAAUUUAUUGAACAAUUACGUAGUGGUGGCAGUACUGAUACAACUGUUGUUAAAAAACGCGGUAGAAAAAGAAAAAUUGGCGAUACUUCUACUACAACUAAUAACUCAGCCAGCAAAACUACAAUAAAUAGUAAUAUUAUUACUGGUACUAGUAAAACUAUUGGUGAUCGUAAAGAGGAAAAUAAAGUUCCGACUACUGUUACGUCAACAGUGGCUGUAAUAAAACCUGAGGACAUCAAGAAAGAGAUUAAUGACGAUGAAACGACAGCUACUACUACUAAUACUAAUACUACUACUACUACUACUACUACUACUACUACGACUAUGACUAGUACUAGUAGUAGUACUAUUACUACAUCUACGACGGCGACGACGACGACGGUAUCGACAACGAUGACGACGACGACGACGACGGCUAAGGCUACAAAGAAUAGUACAGUGAAAAACGAAAACAACGAUGUAGAAACGAAAAAUAAAAUUAAUGCUGAGUCAGUAAAGGCAGUUGCUGGUAAAAUCGAUAGUUUGGAUACGGUUACAAAAUCAAGAUCAGAGGUUAAAAUUAAAAAAGAUAAAAAAGAUAAAAAAGAAAGUCCAUCUAAAACAGGAGCAGCAGGAGUAGCAAUAACAAAGGUUGUGAAUGAAAGAGAUUGUAAUAAUACGGAUGAUGAUGAGUCUGUCGAGCUGCCGAUCGUAAAACGUAAGUCACGAAAAAAGGCGUCUAAUAAAAAAGAGGAUAGUGAUUGUGAUGAAGAAAUAGUUACGAAAAAACGUCAAGUAAGGAGGGGUAGUAGGAUUAAAUUAGAAUCAUCGAGCGCGAGUGAGUCGUCGAGUGACGAAGGCGGAGAAGGGGAAGGAGAAGAAGUGGAAGCAGAAGCAGAAGCUGAUGAAGAAGAGGAGGAGGAGGAUGAUGAUGAUGAUGAUGAAGAGGAAGAAGAGGAUGAAGAAGAGGAGGAGGAAGAGAGUGACGCAAGUACGGAGUUUGGCCGUGGAUCUACUGUAGCACAGAGACUACGACCUCGUAAACGUGCUGGUAAAGGUUCUGCCGGUGGUGCUUCUGCUUCAGUUCCUGACGGUAUGAAAUUACGUCCACGUGAGACUAAAAUAAAGGAGGAGAAACCACAGAAAGCAACUAAAAAUAAUGUAUCCCAUAAAUCUAAACCGAAACCAUUGUUUGGUGAUGGAAGCGAUUUUCGUCCUGGAUGGGAGGAAGAAGUGUUUAUUUAUAAAAAAUCACUGCGCAUGCCAGCACGUUUGAUAAGCGUAUCAAAACCCUCACGUUUUCAUCGUUUAUCAACGUCGUUACCUGAUUUAGAUCCCGAUUCACCGGCACUGUCUGCUCUGUCAAUGGACAGCGCAGAUGUUUGCUUACUACGUAAACGUACAACAAUACAAGCAGCGACCGCCGCAGACAGUGAUGUCGAUUCAAAUUAUAGCUUUAGUAUCAGCGGUUUAGGUCUAGGUCUUGGUGGCGGUAGCAAAGUUGUUGAUGAUGAGGAAGCCACAUCAUCAACAACAGUAUCGUGUCCGCCUAAAACAACAACGACAAUGACAACAACCCGGCAAACAAGGUCUGAAUCAAAUUCAAUAAUUGAUUUAUUGGCGCGUAAAGUCGGUGGAAAUGGUAAGAAAGACGGUAGAAAAAAAUGUAAAGAUAAGUUUGAAAAAAGCUUGAGCAGUAGUAAAAUAUUGCCCAAGGGUAGUAAUGAACCAGAAUUGUUGGCAACUCCUAGCUUUACUCCGCUUAUAACUGGUGCAACAGCUAAUGAUAAUAAUUCAACCGGUAAUUCUAAAGUUAAAGGAAAUAAUGGUAAAACACCGACUAAAAAUAAUAGUAGUAAAUUGUUGAAACAAAUUGACGCGACAAAUGAAUCAUCCUCAUCAUCUUCAUACUUGUUGGGUUACUUUCGUAAAGAGACUGUCAAUAAUUUUCGCGACACGUUUAAAAAUAAUUAUGCACUGCCGAAUGAAUUUUCAACUUUUAUUUUAAAGAGUCGCACUCGUACUGAAACUAGAGUUAUGAAAAAACAGGCAACUAUCAGAGAAGUAUUUGGCGAAGAUCGUCCGGCAUCUGCACCGCCUAUGCAAAAUCAUGCUGGCGAUACCUCGCAGGACGACGACUCACAAACAGAUGAAAUUAAAGAAAGUACUCUUGAUAAUUGUAAUAGUAACAGUAGUAGUAAUAAAAGUAAAUUAUUUAAGCAAAAGGUUGUUAAUAGAUUACGUAAUGCUGGAAUAUUGAGGAGUAAUAAAGCUGUUAUUAAUUCAAAACGUCAUUUACUGACGGUACAGAGACGUAAGGUUCUGAUGAACAAAUCAAUCGAUGAUGACGAUGACGAAGAUGAUAACGUUAAUGUAAAUAAGAGUAAGAAUAGUAAAUUAACGAAGAAUAAUAGUAACAGUGGUGGUGCUGAAGGCGGUAUUAAAAUAAAGAAAGAAAUUAAGAAAGAAGAGGAUGAGGAAGUCGAUGUUGCGCCGGCUGAUGAUGACGAGGAAGAUGACGAACAGGAUGAAGAUGAAACGGAGGAUAUUCAAGAGCCUGAUAAUGAUAAUAAUGACAGCACUGAGAUAUUGGGUAAAAAGAAACUUAAAUUACGCACUGGACGACGGAAAUUCCGUUCUGGCUUUGACUACAUUCGUAAAAAGAAAAAACCGAUAAAGAAAGAUGAAACUGCUACCAAAGAACGUAAAAAACCGGCAAUAUCAAGACCGAAUGCUGAGUGUGUCGCGGAUAUUCAAAACGAAAUUAGGACAUGGGUUAUCAAGAAAGGAGUUGGAGAAACUAUUCUACAUCGUGCUGCUCGACUGGGUUAUACUGAUGUUGCCGCUUAUUGUUUAGAAAAAUUGAGUAGUGCACCUAGUCCGAAAGAUAAUGCAGGAUACACGCCACUCCACGAAGCAUGUUCCCGCGGCCACUUGGAAAUUGCAAAAUUAUUAUUAGCAUAUGGAGCUAAUGUCAGUGAGAGUGCUAAUGGCGGAAUAAGGCCUCUUCACGAAGCCGCCGAAAAUGGUGCUACAGAAUUAGUAAGGCUACUAUUAUCGUAUGGUGCUGAUCCAUUAUUGGCAACUUAUGCCGGACAAACACCGUUAAUGUUGGCCGACGCAGACGCUCAUGCUAUUCUCGAACAACAUUUGGACGAUGUUCAAGGCCGUUCAACCGUACCUUGGAGUUUUGGCGGCCCUUCAACCAUAUUCGAUCCCGAAGAGACUGGUUAUAAUCCAUUGGAAGAUCCUCCAAUAGAUUCAGCUGAAUCCGAAAUCGAUGAAAUAGAAAUGGAAGUUAGUGACGUUAAUUUACCAGUUCUGUUUACAAUAGCAAAUGAUCCUGACAAAUGGGUACUACUGCAAGAUCUAAUGGCCGCAUCGAAAUUAAAAAGUCGCGAUGCAUUAUUGCGUCAAAUAAAUCCAAAAGCAACUGGACCACCGGCAAUAGCUCAUCGCAGUGUUAUGAGAGAAUUUAAAUUGACUGAUUUUCUCGAACAAUCACGCUGUUGUCAUUUAUUAAAUUCCGGUGAGCGCAUCAAUGUUCGCGGUUCUAAAGUAACCCUCAUUAAGUACAACGACAAAGUUAAAUCACUGUUGAAUGUCGAACGGGUUGUUAUUAACUUGAGGUGACAAGAGGAUAAUCUGAAGAGUUGUAUUAGUAAUAAUAUUAAAAAUAAUAGUAAUAAUAAUAGUAAUAGCUGUAGUAAUACGUCCGCAACUCUUCAGAUACCGUCAACAUCAAUUACCAAUAAUGAAAACAAUAAUAAAAAAACAAAUGAGAUUAAAUCUCCUUCCAAAGUGAUGACAAAACGUGAACGUUUACGAAAAAAAUAAAAUAUUAAUUGAAGUUUAUGCUUUAGUUCUUUUUUUUUUUUUGCUUUUUUUUUUUACUAAUUAAUUUAUUUAUUUACUCAGUUACACGUGAUAAAUUUAUCUGAAUCUUUAAAAAUAAAAUGAAAAAAAAUUUAUAGUUAUUAAAAAUAAUUUUUUUAUUUCUAUUGAUUUUUUUUUUGUUUAUAUUAAUGACUGAUAGUGCAAAUGGUGCAUAAAAAAAGUAAUAAAGGUGCAAUUUUGAUUCAGACGUUAAUUGAGUAAUUGAUUAAUUAGUAAAUAAAAAAUAAAAUAAAGCAGCGACCUGUGACAUUAUAUUAGAAUAUUUAUUGAAUAAUAAAAAUAUGUAAUUUUAAUUAAUUGAUAAAUAUUAUAAUAGAAAAUAAUAUAAAUAUAAAUUUAUAAAUAUAAUGCCUCGGCAGCUGAAUAAUUAUAAUUUAACGCUUUUUUAUUAGAUAUAUGAACUGCCGCUACGACAAUAUAGAGAAACUUGAGUCGUUAUAAAAAUAUAUAAAAGUUAAGUUAUAAAUAGACAUAACGUGAUUUAUCUUUUAAAUGAAUAUAAAUAUUAAUAAUUAUUAACAAAUAGUGACGUAAAUGGGGCAAUGUUAGUAAAUAAUAAUAAAAAGUUACUUAAUACUUGAAAUCACGUGGAGUAAAAAACUUUUUGUUAACGUCUCACGUAAGCCAAUAAUUAUUUUAUCAAUGAGAUAUACUAUUAUGAUAAAUAAAAUGUUACCAAUAAUUAUUAUUACUAUUAUUUGUAAUUAGUUUUCGUGAAUACGGUUUAUAUUAGUUGUGUAUUGCAAAUGUAUAUAAUUUUUUUUCUUUUUUUUUUUUUGGUGCAACGAGGCAUUUAACAGUUGGCAAGUGCAAUUUGACAAUUAUUAAAAAUGAAAUAAUAAUAAUAUGUAAUUAAUUUAUCACCAACUAUAAGUUUUUUUCUGUUUACAAUACUCUUUUAUAAUUAAAUUUCGUUAGUUUAUUCAUUUUUUAAUUGUUAAUGUAGUUUAAUUACCGUUUAUUUUAACUAAUUAUUGUCAUGUGUUAUUUUUAAUUAUUAAUAAUUAUUGAUUGUUUAUUUAGAUCGUGCAAUAGCGUAUUAAAUUGCUUGUAUUAAAAAAAAAUUGAUUAAGUGUUAAUAAAUUUAUUGAUGCUCGUAUAAUUAAAGUUUUUAAAUAAUUAAUUUGCAUUAUUUGCUGCGUUAUCGUUGAAAUCGACUUUAUCAGAUUUAUUGAUAGUUAAAUUCUUUUUUAAAUCGAUUAAAUUAAAUUUUUAUUACGUACUUAUCGAUUUUUUUUUGCAAUGAAAUUUAUGUUUAAGAAUCCGUUUUUUUUUGUAAAUUAAUAUAAUAGAGAAAAAUGUUAAGUUCUGAGUAAUUGUAUGAGUGAUUUUAAAGCUUAUAAAAGUUGUCGUAAAACCGUAAAAUUUUUCAGACAAAAAUAAAUAAAUUAAAAUUUUCAAUCGUUAUAAUCAGUCUCAGGGAAAUAUUUAUGUAAAAAAAUAAAAUAAAAAAAAAAUGAAUGAAUUAUAAUUGUAAUAAACCGAUAGUUUAUACAUUGAUAAACACUUAAAGAUAAUUAUUAACAACGCAUAUGAACGACGAAAAAAAAUAAUUAAAUGUCAACGUGGGUUUAUUGUGCAUGUAUUUUUUUUGUGAAAUUAAUUUAAUUGUAUAGUUAAUUAUAAUUAUAAUUAUCUUCCGAUAUUAAUAAAAAUAGAAAUAAGUAGAUAACAAUGCAGUACAUUAUGAGAUUGUUAUUAUUUAAUUGUGAAUUUAUUAGCUUUCUGUAAAUAUCAAAAUAUUUUGCGAUUAAUUAAAGAAAUAAAAAUAAUAAACAUAAAUUAAAAAUA